AUGCGUUAUCAGCGCUCAGCCAUCGAGAUUGAAGCUCCCGAAGAGGUUGGACAGCCAAUCCUCCACAACCUCAGCGACAGCGCUGUAGGCGACCACACCCUGGAAGACCUUGGGAUACCCGUCCCCCGAGAUCUGCCACUGGCAUACAGCAAGCACUUUGGGAGCGACCGCUUCCGAGAACUCAUCGCUCAGCGUGACGGCCUAGACGCCAGCGAUAUCCUGGUGGUUGCAGGCGCGUCCGCCGCGCUGUUUAUCGUGGCCACGGCGCUUCUCAACGCAUCGGACCACCUCAUAGUCACCCGGCCCAACUACGCCAGCAACAUUGAGACGCCGCGUGCCAUUGGUUGCGACAUCACCUACAUCGAUCUGGAGUUCGACCAGGGGUUCCAGGUCGAUGUCCAGCGUAUCGCGGAGGCUAUCAAGCCAGAGACCAAGCUCAUCAGUCUCACCACCCCGAACAACCCGACGGGCACCUGCAUGUCCGCGGCGGAGUUGCGGCAAAUUGCCGAGCUGGCUCAGCGACACGGCUGCUAUGUUCUCGUGGACGAGACGUACGCGGAACUCACGUAUCUCGACCGUCUCCCGGGUUGCGCCUCGCUAGGAUCUCACGUUGUCGGCGUCGGCUCCAUGUCCAAGGCCUUUGGUGUCCCCGGGAUCCGCAUCGGCUGGAUCUCCACCAAGAACAAACAGCUGCAGGAGACCUUCCUCGCUGCCAAGGAACAGAUCAACAUCACCGUGAGCGUCCUGGAUGAGUACGUGGCGGAGCAGAUACUGGAGCGCUGCGAAUCAAUCCUCGCCCCGACCAUCGCGGAGAUGAAACGCCGUCGGGACGUGGUGGAGGCCUGGGUGCAGUCGGAGGAACUCGUGGAGUGGGUGUACCCGGACGGGGGCGUCAUGGGCUUUGUACGCAUGACGAGGGAGCCACCUGGGGGCACUGCGGCGUUUUAUGAUCGUUUACUAUCGGAACAUCAAGCGUAUGUCGGACCAGGACGAUGGUUUGAGCGGCCGGACACGUACUUUCGACUCGGGUACGGUUGGUCAAGCGCAGAUAGUCUGGUAGAGGGCUUGGCUGCCAUCUCCAAGGCGUUGCGUGGUUGA